AUGGCGGAACUACAGCAACGACUGCAGGCUCUGUCCGAAGAGUACCAGAAGGCUGAACAAGAAUUGCAACAACAUAUACAGUCCCGGCAGCGACUCGAGGCGCAACUACAAGAGAACAAGCAAGUCAAAAAGGAAUUUUCGGGAUUGGACGACGAUGCUAAUAUCUACAAGCUAGUUGGCCCAGUCUUGUUGAAGCAGGACAGGAAGGAGUCGAUGCUGGCGGUAGAUGGUCGACUGGAAUUUAUCGACAAAGAGAUAAAGCGCUUCGAGAAACAGAUCAAGGAAGCGCAGGAGAAGAGUGACAAACUCAAGAUGGAGAUCAUACAGGUCCAAUCGCAAGCCCAGCCAGAGCAGGGAGCUCAGGCAUAG